ACAGAAUAUCUUCUCCUACCUUGGGUGGUGCAUAAGGCAUUUGUCCUCCGACCAGUAUCGCACGAGCAACAGCAUUCUGAAUAGGAAUGAACCUCACGGCCUUGCAAAGAGCGCAGAGAUACCCAACUUUGGACAUCCAUUCAAAUAUGCAGCAGAGAAACCGGCAGAUGAAGAGCCAUAUUUGGGUCCACUUCCACCUUGAACUGUUCAGGAUUCACUUCACACAACAAACCCAAGGAGCUGAUUCGGUGCUGGAAACAGCCUGCUGGAUUUCGGCAGUGGUGGACGGCAGUUCCGGCUGGGCAGCAGAGAGCAUGGGCUGGGCGUCGGCAGUGGAUGACGAGUCUUCUGGAUGUGCAGAAACAGUAGGCAGGGAGGACGAGGACUGUAGAAUGGGCGUCCUUUGUGCGGUUGGAGCAAGGCCCCCUGGCUCGAAUCCGUACGUCAUCUUCAUCAUCUAAAUAACCAAGUUGCAAGCUGUCCAAUGAAGCAUCUGUAGUGGA